AUGGCAACAGCUGGACGUAUCUUGGAAGCCAGCAGAGCUGAUUCGUUCUCCGAGAGAAACGUUCCGUUGUACUAUCUGGACAUGAACGCGGCAUCGCCGAAGUUGGCCAGGACUAUGAGCGAGCUUCUCCAAGUUGACAAUAGGGAUGGCAUCAGGUUCAUUGACGGAGCUGUCAUUGGCAGCGCCCCGAGUCUGAUGGCCAAAGAUACAGACCCUUCUAUCCUCACAUCGUGGAAGAGGCCGAGUAUGCCCAUGUCCGGGCCGCAUCAGUUAGCAGAUGCAGAACGCAGCGGUGCCCAUCUGGCAAACGUACUAGGAGCUAGACACAUCUCAGAUCAGAUCGGCGCUGCAUCAGGACUGAAGAUGAGCUUUGCAGCCUUGACAAAAGGGUUCACUGGACUAGCAAUCCAAUCCUUCACGACAGCCCACCGUCUCGGGGUUCUCCCGGAGUUACAGCAGCACCUGCAGCAAUACAGUCCAAAGACUUUUGAUCUGGCCAAUGCUUCCAUGCCUCGAAUGCCGCCCAAGGCGUAUCGCUGGGUACGUGAAAUGGAAGAAAUCGGUGCUACACUGGCAGAAGAUGGCGGCUUUGAAGAUCAAGAAGCUAUAUUCAGUGGCAUUGCCAAAACGUAUGACUUGGUUGCCUAUGGUACAGACCUGGGCAAGGAGAAGACAGAAGUGAGAAGUAGGGGGAAGACGGCCGAGGAUGUGGCGAUCCUGAUGAGCGAAGGCAUCGAUAGACGCAAGCAGAAGACCGACUAG